GAACAGCACAUGGGGGGCGGGAAACAGCACCGAGGGCCUUUCCAGGGGGUCCGCGUGAAGAACUCGGUGAAGGAGCUCCUGCUGCACUUCAGGAGCAGCAAGCAGAUGUCCUCGGGCUCCGCCGCGGAGGAAGGCAAGGCACAAGGAGGAUUGGUGAACUACGAGCAGUACACAGAGCUGAAGAGUGUACUGGGUCACGGUGGCAAAAGAAAGGCUCCUGACCUCCUUUCUGAUGGACCUUCUUUCAAACGCCAAGCUAAUGUUCACCCACAUCUCCUGACGCCACCCCAGACACCAACUUCUAUGGAUAGCAUGGAGGAGACUAAUAAAAAUGACCCAAAGCAUGACAGCAAUUCUGAUCUGCUUCAGAGCAUUAUAAACAUCAAGAACGAGUCGAGCCCGGUUUCUCUGAACACGGUGCAGGUUAGCUGGUUGCACACUGUCUGCAGUCACAGCUCGCCUGGUGAGCCAUACCAGGACAGCCCGGGAACACAGGCUUUCUCCCCAUCCCAGAAGUACCAAGCAUUCCAAGAUCACACCUCCCAGCAUAUGCUUGAUCCGCCACAGCAUUACCAGUUCCCUCCAUCCCAGAACCAAGAUUUGUCACAGAGCUAUUCUUCAGAUGCCUCCCUGGAGUACAGGCCGUUUGCAGCCAAUGACCAGUCUCCUGGCUACCAGCAGAAUACCUUUGAGAGCCAUGAACUGCAGUACUGCCCAUCGCAGAGCUUCUCCUCCCUCUUGAACGACUCGGAAGCCUCGGAGGGCAUCUCUGUUCCUCUCCAGCCGCUGACCAGUGCCCACCCACAGGCUGAGGUCAGCCCCCACGCUCCAAACUUCAGCUUGCUUUCCACUAACAUCUGUGACAGUCUGGAGCGUGGUGUCUCUUUGGCUACUUUGAAUGUCUCCCUACCUGACCAAAACAUCACUAGAAGCACGUCGCAGCUGGGCAAGUCAUUUUUUCAAUGGCAAGUGGAACAGGAGGAAAACAAACUGGCUAACAUCUCUCAAGACCAGUUCCUAGCAAAAGACUCAGAUGGAGACACCUUCCUUCACAUUGCUGUUGCCCAGGGCCGAAGAGCACUCUCCUAUGUUCUUGCAAGGAAGAUGGCUGCCCUGCACAUGCUGGAUAUUAAAGAGCACAAUGGCCAGAGUGCUUUCCAGGUUGCUGUGGCUGCCAAUCAGCAUCUCAUUGUGCAGGACUUGGUUAGCUUGGGGGCUCAAGUCAACACAACAGACUGCUGGGGUAGAACACCGUUGCAUGUUUGUGCUGAGAAGGGGCAUGCCCAAGUCCUUCAGGCGAUUCAAAAGGGAGCCAUGGGAAGCAAUCAGUAUGUGGACCUUGAGGCAACAAACUAUGAUGGUUUGACAGCAUUGCACUGUGCUGUUCUGGCCCAUAAUGCUGUGCUGCAUGAACUACAAAACAGUCAGCCCCCUCACUCCCCUGAGGUCCAGGAGCUUCUGCUGAGAAACAAGAGCCUGGUAGAAACCAUCAAGACUCUGAUACAAAUGGGAGCCUCUGUUGAAGCGAAAGAUCGCAAAAGUGGUCGCUCAGCUUUACAUUUGGCAGCAGAAGAAGCAAACCUGGAGCUCAUUCGUCUCUUUUUGGAGCUGCCCAACUGUCUCUCUUUUGUUAACGCAAAGGCUUACAAUGGCAACACAGCACUCCACGUGGCUGCCAGCCUGCAGUAUCGGGUGAGUCAGUUGGACGCUGUGCGCCUGCUAAUGCGGAAGGGAGCUGAUCCAAGUGCCAGAAACUUGGAGAAUGAGCAGCCAGUUCAUCUGGUUCCUGAUGGCCUUGUAGGAGAACAGAUAAGACGUAUCCUAAAAGGGAAGGCGAUCCAGCAGAGAGCGUCGCCAUUUUAAGCUCCAUGUUUCUUGGAGUGCAGCAACUCACACUCACUGUCAGUCAGGCAGUCCUAAUGUAUCUGUAAAUAGACCAUUUGCCUGAUGUGGGCAAAUGUUAGUUGUUUCUAUGAAACAAAAGUAUUUUGUUCACUAUCAUAUAGUGGGUUAUAUAUGAGUA